AUGACUGCCAGAUUAGAUUUGUCGAUUCCUUCCCUCAAGCAGCCACAGACAGAACAAGAUUACUUGGACGAGGUAGAGAAAGCAAUCAAAGCUGAUUACAAGUCCAUGCUAGGAACUACGGGAAGUCCAGUGCGCAUCAAUCCCUGGAGUUUUAUCGGAACAUUGGGGACCAAAAAGCAAGCAUUGGCUGUUGCCCGGGAAAUUGAUGUUCAGCGAGGAGUUCAACCUGAUUCAACGACAGGAAGUGAGGUCAAGGAAGCAGAUAAUGCCACAGACUCGUCUCAUUCCACAGCCCGUAGACUACCAUCGGGUGCUAGACCUCCCUCAAACGGUCAAAACUUAGAGGCAGCUACGUCGGAAAAGCAUGAUUUUGCAGCAGGUCAAAACUCGAAUGAUGAAUCAAUACGAAACGUUGCAGGCCAAUCCACUCCGUUAGCUCAAACUCGAAUGGCAGGUGGCUCAAAAAACGGAAAAGAUACGCAAAGAGAUUUGGAUUUGCAAAAGGAAGAGCUAAUGAAGGAGGACGCAAGGAGGGAGACCCUUGAGGAUAUACUGGAACUUCGCGAUGAAAUUGAAAAGUUGAAAGCGAUUAAUGAAACUCAGAGACAGGAUCAAGAAAAAAUGAAUGAUGAAGUCGUUCAAAUUAAGAAAGCUUUGCGUGAUAAAACUAAGGAAAUAACUUCUUUGGAGGAAAUAGUUAAUACGAAAGAAAGCAGUAUUGUUGCACGGGAGGAGCAAUUGAAUGAGCUCAGGAGGUUAGCAGAACUAAAAGAGCAGGAAAGAAUACGAGAAAUUGAUAGUUAUAAGACAAGAAUUAAAGCGAUACAAUCUUUGAUGGCAAGCAAUGGUAAAACUGUUGCGAUAGGGAAAGACGGGGAACAUGCCUCGAAAUAUCAUGCAAGUAUUGACACUAUGCUCGAAAAACUUAAAUGCCAAGCUAUUGAGAAGUCGUUGGAAAUUAAUGAGUUGCUAAAAAGAGAAGCUCAAAAUUCAAAAAAGAAAGUUGAAGAACUUAAUGCACAGUUUAAAUUGGAGAAAAAUCAGGUGCAAGAACAACACAAAGAACAGUUGAAUAAACUUGAACAACUUCUGAAUGCAAAUAGCGAGUCCAUCAAAAGUAUGGUAUGUGAAAUCAACGAAAAAAGCAAAAUCGUAAUAUCAAAUGUAGAGGAGAUCAAUCAAAUGAAAAGGAGCGCAAGUGACCUUGAAGCCGAAAAUCUGAACCUGAAGAAAGAAUUCGCAGACAGUAAAGAUACUAUUAACAAGCUGCAGAAUGAAUUGAGAGAAAAGGGUGCUAAUUUUGGCAAGGUAAAGAACGAGAUCUGCAGUGAGAAAAAGGACCUGGAAAACAAGCUAGUCAAAUGUGAAAAUCUAAUAGAAGUGCUCAAGAAAAGGAUCACGGAGAAGGAAACUGAUUUAGAGAAGCAGAUAGCCGAAAAUUUACAAGGCACAAGAGAGAAAACAAAGUUGAAUGCUAGAUUGACAGAAAGUAAUACUUUCGCAAAUCAACUGAAGAAAGACAUUGCUAGUGCAGCUACCACAACGGAAGAAGCUGUCCGGAACUAUGAGAAAAUUUUAAAACAAUAUAGUGAAGAAACUAAAAAACAUGAGGUUACUUCAGAAUGCCUGAGGAACGUAACAUCACUCUCUGCUGAUUUCCAAAGGUUCGUAAGAAGUUUGAAACUCUUUAAUAUCGAAUUAGGAUUAAUAAUAGAGACAUCUUUCAACAGAAAAGAGCAUGGAGAUAGCUUUGAAUCAUUCUUUUGUAUGGAACAUGAGAAUAUCGUUGGAUUUUACUAUGAGAAACAGCAAAACAAACAUAACGAAUUACAGGAUAAUUUGCAAAGGAUUACAGAAGAAAAUAGGUCUUUACUGAAUGACAUCGAUACAAAAUGGAAAUCGGCAGUGGAAGAACAAAAAAGACGUACACAACUGUUAAUUAAAGAUUUGGCAAAUGCUAAAAGUAACAAGGAACACUUGGAGUAUAGGGUUAGCGAGCUUGAAAAAACGCUUACUGAUAAUCAAAGGAAUAAAGAAUUAAUGAUGAACGAAAAGGAAAAAAUUCUAACAGUCAAUGCCUCUCUGCUGGAUGAAGUUGAAGGCAUUAGAAAGUCAGCUAUGGAGGAAAGCGAACAAAAGCUGAAUGACUUGCUGAACAGAGUCGAAGAGUUUGCCAAAAAUAUUUCAGAGAUACAAGAACAAAUCAUUAAUGAAAACGAACAACAGAAAGUGCUAAAGGACACAGUAAGUGUGAAGGAUGCCAAAAUUCAGGAACUAGAAGAUAAAUACUAUAGAGUCGAUGAGGCACUUCGAGAAAAGUCCAUUGAAUUUCAAAAACUUCAAGGCGACAUUUCUAAAAGAAUCAAUUUUGAAAUAGCUCACAAGUCUCGUCCAGAUAUUGAAAAGACAAACUACGCCGCUUUAAUGAUAGACAAGGUUGAUUAUAUAGAUAUGGUGGAAUUACAGAAUAUAGUAAAAAAUUUAAUUCUUCUACUGGAAAUUCCGUUUAAUAAGUUGACUAAGAAAAGUCCGCUGGUAGCAAUAUACUUGAAAUAUGAGAGACCAAUCUUCUCACAUUUCGCAAAUCGAUUACAUUACGAGAUUUUCAAUGAGCCAAUAGAUAUGAAGGGCUUUACAAGUGAUGCAUACGAUCAGUACACAGAAAAUCAUAGUAUGACAACAAUCCAACAUCCAUUAGAGAGCUGUUUGGACAAUCUAUAUCAAAAGAUAGUAUCUAGAAUGUAG